AAUAGUGAAAAGCUUAAAUGUUCAAAAGCUGUUCAAGUUCUAGUUGAGCAGGAAGCUAUGAAGAACUAUUCAUUCCCUGUGAUAACUAGUGCUAUUAAAGAAUAUGCUACAGUGAAUUUAGAGCUUGUUAAAAGUGUAAAGAAGUUAAGAUAUAAGAAGGUUGCCAAUAUAAAAUACAAAGUUCGAGGGUCUUAG